UGAGUCGUAUUUUUUCAUAAACUUUAGGUUUUUUUGGGCAAUGGCUGCCCCACUUCUUUUUUAAAUCCGUCUGCACUCCUACUCUUUCACCGAACACACACAGAACCGGCAGCCGCACCACCGCCGCCGCCGUUACAACUUUUGCCAUCCAUGGGGGCUCUCGCCGCUGACUUCUCUUGGACCAGGGAAGACGAGUUCAAGUUGAAAAAAGCUGCCGAAGCUGGUGUCUCCAUGGAAUCCCUAGCCAGAGGAGUUGUGCAGUUCUCCAAAAGGUUCACCAUUCAGGAGCUGCAAGACCGUUGGCAUGCUAUACUCUAUGAUCCUGUUGUUGCUGCCGAGGCAUCUGCUCGCAUACUGGAGUUUGAGCAGUCUGCUUCAGCUCGAAUUUCAAAGUCUGCUCAGCUGGACAACAUCGAGGAGGAUAUUUCAGUAUCUGGUAAGAGGAAGGCUGAGAGUGUACGACAACUUUUCUAUGCCAUGCGAAAGAGGAUGCGGGAUCAUCCAUCGAAUUCACUGGAUGUCAGUUUCCCAAAUACAACUGUAAAUAGCAAUGGGAAUGGAAAUGAAGAGCACCCUCCAGCUGCAGACUUUGUUGUUGGUGAGAUAGUUCAAGACAACCAGGCUGCUGGAUUUUCUACCUAUGAAGCUGCUGGUCAUGCUGACUUUAGUCUUGAUGUUAAUCAUCAUACACUUCAUUGUGAGCAUCAAAAUUGCAUUGGAGACAACAGUUAUAUUGAACUGCAUGAUAGAGGGACGUUGGUAGCUCACACUAACCAAGAUAAUAUAUCUCUACUUGAGAACGAUGCUUCGAUUGAGGAAUCUGACGAGUUUAAAGAGAUCUACGACCUACUUGAAGACGAAGGAACAGAGUUGCCUGGUAUGAUUGAUCAACCUCAUAUUGACAAGCUGAAUGAAUAUCCUGUAAUUCGAGGAGAAGGAAACCUACAUUCACCAAAUCCAGAUUGUCAGGCAGCAAUCCAAAACCCUGGGCCUUCAUCUAUGCUUCAGAAGAUGGCAGUUUGGAACACAGAAGACCCUUGUUCCUCUACUUCUCCCAGUAUCCAUGUUAAAGAGGACCAACGAUCUGUGGCCAGAACAUCAGAUUUUCCUGGUGAUGUCUAUUCAGGUGUUGCUAAGCUGGAAAAGCAAAUGUGUGGUGAGACUACAACUGCAGUUACUAGUGCCAGCAGCUAUUUAAUGGAAAUAUCAAAUACUCUUUUUGACCUUGCUAUGGAGGAUGAUGACCUUCCUCUUAUGGAUGCUGAUGGGAAUGUAAUCGACAAGUCUUACAUUGAUGGUUUGAGCUCACUUUUGUUGGAUUCUCCUAAAGCGGAUGCUAGACGUGAUAUCAUUGUUUCCACAAUGCCAGUUGUAGAUGAAUUCAUCGAUAAUCAUUAUGCUGCUUGUUUUGGACAAUUCGGUAACAAGAAUCAGCCUCAAGGUGGCCAUCAGGAAGCUAAAAGCUUGGAGUGUUUAUUGUUGCCAUCUGCAUCUGGUAUGAAUUCUAAAUCACAAAACUCGGUGAUCAUCUGCACUUUAAACACUGAGGACCCAGAAAUACCUAGCAAUGAUGAUGUUUUUCUCCUGCCUCUGGUUCCAUUUACAUCCCCUUACGUAAUGCAAAUGGAUAUUUUCCAGCCUCCACCUCACUCAACUUCCAAGUCUAUUAAGGAUUCUGCAGUUGGUUGGAAAAGGGACUUUAGAGUUCCUAAGCAGAUAAUCCCUAAAGAAAAUAGAUAUGAACAAUCCCAAUUUCCUUCACCAAUCAUUGGAUCACAGUUGCGAUCAGAAAUACUAGGAGAUAAUAGGCUUAAGCAGGAUUUGUCUAGCAGUGAUGGUCAGCAUGUGUUACAUGGCAAGCCAAGUUUGCCCUGUGAAGAUCGAAGCCAAGUUCGUCCAGCAAUCAUCUGUAGAAGUGAUCUUUUUCCUGCAUCUGAGAAGGCAUCUGCUACAAAAUCUGAGCAGGAAAUGCAUCAUUGCAAUCCUGUUAGCACUCUUUUGGAGAAUAAAACGGAUGGCUCUGAUAUCUUUGCAAACUCUCCUAAGUUGAAUGCUGUUGUUGGUAACCAUGACAUGCAUGCUAAUGCUACCGUACAAAAAGAAGAAAUAUUACAUGCCGAAAUUGCCUCCACAGAACAUACUAAUCCAAUUCUGGUUGUAAGACCUUCACCAACAGAUGAAGCACUUCCAUCUCUAAGCGAUGAUGAUAUACCUAACUUUUCUGAUGUCGAAGCAAUGAUACUUGAUGAGGAUUUGAGCCCAAGUGAACAGAAUUUAUAUGUGAAUGGAAUUGAGAGUUCUUGCCAUCUACAAACCUUAAAAUAUGAGAAUGCAGACACUCACAAGAUGAUCAUUAGGUGGGAACAAGCUGCUGAAGCUUUAUUGAAAAGAGAUAUGACAUCACGGGGAGCUUUUGCUAUUUUACAAGGGUGGCAUAUGACAUACUAUGUUAAGAAACCAGAGGUUUUAGUUGGAAGAGCAACGGAGGAUGUUCACGUUGACAUUGAUUUGGGAAGAGAUGGCCAUAACAGUAGAGUAUCUCGACGACAGGCAAUUAUACACAUGGAUCAAGAGGGUUCCUUCUAUUUGAAGAACCUUGGCAAAUAUUCAGUAUUCGUAAAUAGUGUUGAACUAGCAACCAACCAGAGUGCUAGCCUGACCUCAAGUUGUUUAAUUGAGAUAAGAGGAAUGCCAUUUCUGUUCGAGACGAAUGAAGCAUGUAUAAAGCAGUAUGUCGAUAGCAUCAGAACAAAACCGAUAUGGAGGACAAGACGCGAUGAGGUCUGAAUGACUUGAAGGUUUUAGAAGGUGCUACUUUUUAACUGCACUUUCUGUUCUUCUGGUCAUUGGUAUCAUCCUCCUAUCUCUAGUGCUACAAUACUUUCUUUAGUACAGAUAACAUCUCCCCUCCCCUCAAAACUCCUGCCUUUUUACUAAUUUUAAAUUUCUUUGUUAAAAAAGUCUAGUUUUAUGCAAUCUUUUUACCUUCAAUUAGUUCACAGUAGAUUCAAAAUACAUAUUUGAAAUAAAGUGAAAAAAAGAUGGUGAACAUGGGCUUUUAUACAAUAUUUUCAAUAACGAGAACCCUAUGUGUGUGCUACAUAUCACCUUUUUUACUCGCUUAUAUGAUUCAAGUAAUUGUUGCUGAAAUAUGACAUAUAUUAUG